CAUCGCAUUCAGAUCCAGUACCUGUUAGAGCGCUGGAUGGCCGAGUGAUCAGAUUAGAGGUGUCAGUGUUCGUUAAUCUGUGAGGGAGCGACAGGCGGCUACACGCGCUGCUUUCGCCCGUCGUUUCAUUCAGCGGCGGUAGAGGGGAGUGGAGCAGAUUCUAUAUUGACGUCCAUAGGGGAAUUUCCCCUCUUUUUUUUUUUACAAUGGAUUCCUGCGGGGUACGAGCCUGGGUGUUUCUGUUCCUGCUGUGGCAGGACGGUUGUUGGGCAUCGCAGUUUCCGACACAGCUCAUGAUUAAAGAAUGGGUUGAUCAGAUGCAGAAAGAGCUUGUUACCCUGGCAGACACAGCUGCAGCUGGGAAGAGCCUCACUCAGAUUUUUCUGAGUAACCAGCACCUCUACACUGUGGAGCAAAACGAUGCGGAGGAGCUAGUGGCCAGAGCAGCCAGGAACAUAGAGCAGCUGCUACACAAGAGGUCUGCUGCCUUGGAGGUAAAAUUCACUCCUCUCAAAGGAACCAACUCAUCCAAAAAGCAUUUUUUGUGCUUCUUUGUCACUUGUUUACAGGAUGAUGAAAUUGCCUACUACAACGCAAAGGACAAUCUGGAUGCAAAUGAGACAGAGGGAAGAAAGAACAGGAUUCGACCAGACUUUCAAGAGGACCCCUCGUUUAAACGUUUGACUGACUACAACCACACGGCUGUCCACAUUCCCACUGACAUCUAUGAUGGCUCCACCAUUGUGCUGAAUGAAUUAACCUGGACAGAGGAACUGAAGGAAGUGUUUAGAAAGAAUAGAGAGGAUGACCCAACCCUACUCUGGCAGGUGUUUGGCAGUGCCACUGGCCUGGCUCGCUAUUAUCCAGCUUCUCCCUGGAUGGAUGCUCGUAAGACCCCUAGUAAAAUAGAUCUCUACGAUGUGCGCAGGAGGCCAUGGUACAUUCAAGGAGCCGCCUCACCGAAAGAUAUGCUAAUUCUCGUGGAUGCGAGUGGGAGUGUGUCUGGCUUGACGCUAAAACUGAUCAGGACCUCUGUCAGCGAGAUGCUGGAGACUCUUUCUGACGAUGACUAUGUCAACGUAGUCAGUUUUAACACACUGGUGAAAAACACGGCGUGCUUCGACCGUCUGGUUCAAGCCAACGUGAGGAACAAAAAGCUGCUGAAGGAUGCCGUGCAGAACAUCAGCGCUAAAGGAAUUACAGACUACACAAAGGGCUUUGAGUUUGCUUUUAAGCAGCUCUCUGCGACUAAUGUGAGCAGAGCAAACUGCAACAAGAUUAUCAUGCUGUUCACUGAUGGAGGAGAGGAAAGAGCCCAGGCCAUAUUGGAGAAAUAUAAUGCUGACAAAAAGGUUAGGAUCUUCACCUUCUCAGUAGGACAACACAACUAUGACAAAGGACCCAUUCAGUGGAUGGCCUGCUCGAACAAAGGUUAUUUCUAUGAGAUUCCAUCCAUCGGAGCCAUCAGAAUAAACACACAGGAAUACCUAGAUGUCCUGGGAAGACCUAUGGUUCUAGCAGACAAGCAGGCCAAACAAGUCCAGUGGACUAACGUAUACCUUGAUGCUCUGGAGCUUGGUCUCGUCAUCACUGGAACGCUACCUGUCUUCAACAGAACCAAGACCAUAGAUAAAAGAAACGAGGAGCACCAGAAUCAGUUGAUUCUUGGCGUAAUGGCAAUUGACGUGUCUCUUGAUGACAUCAAGAAGCUCACACCACGCUUCACAAUUGGUCCAAAUGGUUACUACUUUGCCAUAGAUCCCAAUGGAUAUGUGCUGCUGCACCCCAAUCUCCAGCCAAAGAAAAGAAUCCGUAACAGGAAGCUCAGACUCAAUAAUAAGUAUGCUGUCACUUUUCAUGAGGAGCCUGUUACUCUGGACUUUCUGGAUGCUGAGUUGGAGAACGACAUCAAAAUAGAGAUCAGGAGGAUGAUGAUUGAUGGUGAAACAGGAGAGCGCACCAUUAACACUCUGGUCAAAACUCAGGAUGAGAGGUAUAUAGAUAGUGGAAUCAGGACCUACACGUGGGCACCAGUCAAUGGAACAGACUACAGCCUGGCUCUUGUGUUGCCUAAAUACAGUGAACACUUCAUUCAAGCUAAACUGGGGGAUGAUAUUAAACAAGCCAUGUCAAUGGAGACCUUGCAGCAGGAGAGAUUUGAAGAAUUUGGUUAUACCUACAUUGCUCCAAGGGAGUACUGCAAAGAGCUGAAGUUGUCACUCAACAACACCCAAUUUCUCCUCGACUUCAACCAGUACAUUGAUAGAAACACUCCAGAUGCAUGUAAUGUGUCCCUUGUGAGUCGACUGAUCCUGGAUGCAGGUUUGACAGCUGAACUGGUUAAACUUUGGAGCGAGCAGACCGUGGAUGGGAUAGCGGCCAGGUUUGUAGCUACAGAUGGAGGAAUCACAAGAGUCUAUCCAAGAAGUGCUGGGGAAGAGUGGACUGAGAAUCCUGAGACAUAUGAGUCAAGUUUCUACAAGCGGACCCUGGACAAUGAAAUUUAUAUUUUCACAGCUCCAUCUUUCAACGCAGAGAGUGGGGAGUCUGUGUCUGAGUCAGGUAUUCUGGUGAGCAAAGCAGUGGAUCUUGUCAUUAAUGAAGUCACGCUCAAACCAGCAGUGGUGGGAGUGAAACUCAAUGUCUCAUUCUGGAUGAACAGUUUCAUGAAUGCCACACUGAAACUGAAUUGCAAAGAUGAGAUUUGCGGCUGUCUAAGGAAUGACAAGCAUGUGGACUGUGUGAUACUGGAUGAUGGAGGAUUUCUUCUCAUGUCCAACAAGGAUGAGUACAUUACCCUG